AUGUUUGAUUUUAGUGAAAAGGCAGCGAUAUUAGCUGCUUCUGCCAUAAUUUUAGUAUUAAUUAUUAAAAAGAAAAAGAGAUUUUUGAGAUCUUGUUGGGUAAACCCGUAUCUGUGGAACAGACGCAAUAAGGGGAGAUUUGUAAGAGAUUUUGACGAUAUGCGUGAAUGGAGCGAUCAGUUCACUCAGAAUUUCCACAUGAGCCCGGACCUGUUCGAUGAACUAUAUAAAAAAACCAGGCACCGCCUAGAACCCAAAAGAAACACUCGUCCGGAUGGGAUAAGUGCCAAACAACGGUUGGUAUAUACACUUGAAUACCUAGCCGGUGGCCCUUGCUUUGAAAGAUACUCAGCUAGUACCUAUCGGAUCAGUAAAGCCUCUAGCUCGAAUAUUAUUAGACAGACUUGUCAGAUUAUUUAUGAGGAGCUAGCAAAAACAGAAUUCAUGACUUACACGUCAGAAAACUGGACAAGGGUGGCAGAGCAAUUUAAACAAAAAUGGAAUAUGCCCAAUUGUCUUGGUUCGCUGGAUGGCAAACAUAUUCGUAUCAAACGUCCUGCAAAUGCUGGAUCUUUGUACUAUAAUUACAAGCGGUACCAUAGUAUCAUAUUGAUGGCGGCAAGUGAUGCUAAUUAUCUGUUCACUUAUAUCGACGUUGGAUCUCCUGGUGCGGACGGCGAUGUUAAUGUUUUUUCUAGAACUAAUUUUGGAAAAAGCAUCCUAGAGGAUAAUACCCUUUUGAAUCUACCAGCUGAUGCUCCCGUCAACGAUGAGGAUAUGCCUUUUUUCUUCAUCGGAGACGAUGCCUUUCCUUUGUCUCAUCGAAUUAUUAAACCAUAUGGGCCAAUAAUCCUUUAUCAAAUAAUCAAAGAGUUUUUAACUACAGACUCUCACGUGCACGUCGCACUGUGGAAAAUGCAUUCGGUAUUUUGA